AUGAACAAGCACUCGAUUGUUUCGCUGCUCUUCGUGCUGAUUGCUGUUAUGACCUUUAGUCAUGCCAAUGAUGCGAUCCCAACCGAGCUGGAGGAGGUCCCGGCUGGAGUGGCACUCGUCGGUGACAAGGAACCCAUUCCUGGUGCUAACACGGAGCAAUUCAUCGGAGGACGCGGUCGGUUAUUCCGUCAUCGCUUCCGUUUCCCGUACGGCGGUGGCUUCCGCUAUGGAUGGCGCUACCCUCUUGGCUGGUGGAACUCGUUCGGUCGUCCCAUCUACGGCCCCAGCUGCCUGUUUGGUCGUCCUAUUGGAGGCUUCUUCUUCUGCUAA